GAGUGCCUGGUCCAGCCCCAGGCAGAGAAAGCCUCCGGGCAUGCCCUGCUAAAGAAAAUGAAACCACAAAACCAACCCAGACCAAAGCUGAUAAUUGUGCAACUGGGGGAAAGCCCUCUUGAGGAAAUAAGAAUACAGCUUCCUGCUUCCCUGGUCUGCUCAGUGUCACUUCUCUUUUUUCUAAGCUAAGAGCACAUUCAGCCUCCCUGGGCAGGAGUCUCCGAAAGGGCUCUGGGCUGCAGCAAGGAUGUCCAAGGGCAACUUGUUCCUGGCUUGUCUGCUGGUCUUUCUUUACUACUUGGUGCUGUCUGAGGGCACAAGCCCUGGGUUUGUGGGCAGAAUCACAGACAAAGGCCUGGAUUAUGCUGGCCAGGAGGGCGUUGCAGCCUUGCAACAGAAGCUGGCCAGCCUGACUCUGCCCGACGUCUCUGGGUCCGUGAAAGCCAAACCUUUUGGACAUAUCAAAUAUAAAUUCUACAGUUUAAAUGUUCACAGUUUCCAGUUGCCAAGCUCAGCAAUAGCACCAAUCCCAGGCGUGGGCCUCAAGGUCUCCAUCAGCAAUGCCUUUGCUGAACUGAGGGGCAAGUGGCAGGUGAAGAAGAGGUUUUUCAAGGACCAUGGCUCAUUUGACCUGAAGACUGAGGGCAUCUCCAUCUCUGUGGGCUUGAAGCUGGGUAGCGAUGCCGCUGGGAGACCAACGGCCACCACAGCUGAUUGCACUGCUCACAUCUCUAAUGUCAAAGUGCACUUUUCGGGCGGGUUGAGCUGGCUGUACAAUCUCUUCCGCAAAAAAGUUGAAUCAGCCCUCAGAAGGACCAUGGAAGGCCAGGUCUGUGAGGAGGUGACCAGCUCAGUCAGCACCAAGCUGCAGCCUUUUCUGCAGACUCUGCCAGUCACAGCAAAACUUGACAAGGUGGCCGGGAUCGAUUAUUCCCUGGUUGGGCCUCCUGUUGCUACCCAGGAUUCCUUGGACCUGGACCUGAAGGGUGAAUUCUUUUCCCUCGCCCAUCGCUCUGCUGCUCCUUUCCAACCACCUGCACUGGCUUUCCCUGUCGAUCAUGACCGCAUGCUUUAUUUUGGGAUCUCCAGUUACUUCUUCAACACGGCGGGCCUCGUGUACCACAGCGCAGGAGCCCUGACCUUUUCCAUCACCGACGACAUGGUUCCAAAGGAGUUUAAAAUCCGGCUGAACACCACGUCCUUUGGGGCCUUCGUUCCACAGCUGGAAAAGGUGUACCCCAACAUGCUCAUGAAGCUCCAGGUUUCGCCUCCUUCUGCCCCAUCUGUGACUAUUGCGCCUGGAGUCCUCUCGCUGAGUCCGACGGUUGAUAUCCAAGCCUUUGCCAUCCUGCCCAACUCUUCCCUGGCUCCACUCUUUGUGAUUAGUGCGUCAACCACCAUUUCAACCAAAGUUACUGUUAACUCUACCAGGAUCUUUGGCUCCCUGAAGCUUGGCAGGCUGCAGCUGUCCUUGAAGCACUCGGAUGUCGGGCCCUUCUCCGUGCAAUUAAUGCAGGCCCUCAUGAACUACUAUGCUGGAAGCAUCCUUAUCCCUCAAAUUAAUGCACGACUGGCCGAGGGAUUCCCUCUCCCUCUCCUGGACCAUGUGCAGCUCUCCAACACCAUCCUCCAGAUUCACCAAGAUUUCCUGCUGUUUGGAGCAGAUGUUCACUACAGUUAGUGACGAUGAAGAAGACAGAAAGAGAAGAGGAGGAGCCAAGAUGCAGUCUAGAAUGCUGCUCUCCCUUCUGCUGCUUGGUUUUUUUUGGGGGGUAAGGGGUGUUCCAGGAAGGGGCCCCUCAACCUUUCUCCUUACUGGGCAUGCUGUUAUCCUCAUUCCUGUCUUUUCCUGUAUCAGCCGCUACUAGCCACAAUAGCUAAGCAAGAGCUCUGUGUUCAGAGGCUGAUGUCUCAACAAAAAAAAAGUCUACUAAGGACAAAGAACAGGAAAGGGGGCAGGAUAUGGUUACUCUACAAUUCUAUGAUUCUAUGACUUGCUCUCAUUGGAAAGAAAGCACUGGGCUAGAGAGAUGCCGGCUUCACCAAGCAAAGAAGUCUCGCAUUUUCAGAUGAGGAAAAAAGGCAUUUUUUUCAUUAACACUAUAUUAGCAUUGAUCCAUUGCCAGUCCUGCCCCCCAGUUAAUGGAACAGAGCUGGCUUUCUGAGGGGUGGGAGCAACACAAGCGUUGGUGCAAGAAGCAGCUCUGAGCCUCUUUGCAUGUUUGACACAAAACAGAUAUGUGAUCCACACUGCUUUCCGAGGCUUGAAUAAUCAUCAUAAUAUUAAUAAUAAUGUUCGAAAUAGUGGGGCAUUGCUGUGUGGGAAAGAAGAUUGUGCUGAUUGUGUUUGCCACAUCGACCGGACGGUUGCAGAAAGGGCCUGUUAAGUCUUGCAAUGCUAGUCUGGUACAGCAGGGAGCCUUCAGACUCCUCAAAAUAAUAAACAUAUAGCUAUAUGCAUUCUAAAUCUCUAAGCAGUGAGAUUUCGGGGAUGCAGUGCUUUAAUAGGUUUCAUUUCAAUGGAAAGAGGCCACUGUAGAUUUAUUGGCAUUCUGUAAUAUUUACAAAGAUACAGGUUUUGCAUAGGUGGGGUAUGGCAUUAAAACCACUCCAGCAGUUAGUCCUAACCCUGCUGCUUCCCCAUAGGAUCCCCUCAGGGAACAGCUAGAACCCUCAGAUCUUUGAAGAGCCCGACUGUUUUGUCUGCAGCUGUUUUCACAUGUUUUUAAUUACUUGAUUUUAACUGUUUUAUCAAUAAUCUUUUGUAAACCGCCUAGAGGUUUUUCACAAUCAAGAAGCAUAUAUAUGUCAAUAAAUGAAUAAAAUAAA